AUGGGUAAGGGGGGAAUGUCAAUUGAUGAUCAUGGAGAAGGCAAGGAAGAGAAUAUGGCUGCUUGGCUUCUUGGUAUAAACACACUCAAGAUUCAACCUUUCAAGCUUCCUACUCUAGGACCCCAUGAUGUCAGAGUUAGAAUGAAGGCUGUUGGUAUCUGUGGGAGUGAUGUACACUACCUCAAGACACUGAGGUGUGCGCACUUUAUAGUUAAGGAACCAAUGGUUAUUGGUCAUGAGUGUGCUGGGAUCAUAGAAGAAGUUGGUAGUCAGGUAAAGAGUUUGGUGCCUGGUGAUCGUGUGGCGAUUGAACCUGGGAUCAGUUGCUGGCGAUGCGGCCAUUGCAAGCAGGGUCGAUAUAAUUUAUGUGAUGAUAUGAAGUUUUUUGCUACUCCACCGGUUCAUGGUUCCCUGGCUAAUCAGAUAGUGCAUCCUGCAGACCUGUGUUUUAAGCUGCCAGACAACGUGAGCCUAGAGGAGGGGGCCAUGUGCGAACCCUUAAGUGUUGGUGUUCAUGCUUGUAGGAGAGCAAAUAUUGGACCAGAAACAAAUGUGUUGAUCAUGGGAGCUGGACCCAUAGGACUUGUUACAAUGCUUGCAGCUCGUGCUUUUGGAGCACCCAGGACUGUCAUCGUGGAUGUGGAUGACCAUCGUUUAUCUGUUGCAAAAUCUCUUGGUGUAGAUGAUAUUGUUAAAGUCUCAACAAACAUUCAGGAUGUGAAUGAAGAAGUUGAGAAGAUACAAAAAGUUAUGGGAGCUGGUAUAAAUGUUACCUUUGAUUGUGCUGGUUUUGACAAAACCAUGUCUACAGCACUGGGUGCUACUCAGCCAGGUGGUAAAGUUUGCCUGGUGGGGAUGGGACAUUCUGAAAUGACUGUCCCACUCACCCCUGCGGCAGCAAGGGAAGUUGAUGUGGUUGGAGUUUUUCGCUAUAUGAACACAUGGCCUCUUUGCCUUGAGUUUCUAAGGAGUGGCAAAAUCGAUGUAAAACCCCUUAUAACUCACAGGUUUGGAUUCUCUCAGAAGGAAGUGGAAGAAGCCUUUGAAACAAGUGCUCGUGGUGGUAAUGCCAUCAAGGUCAUGUUCAAUCUUUAG